AUGUCCGUUACUGUCCGAAAAAUUGAGGAGACCGACAAGGAGGCCUGGAAGCCCUUGCUGGACGGCUAUCUGACUUUCUAUAAGUCAUCGUGGACCCCCGAGGUGACUGAGGUCACCUUCAAGCGGUUCCUGGACGACUCAGAGCCAGUCAACUGCGCCGUGGCCGUCGACGAGUCUGGUAAUCUCAUUGGUUACGCCACUUAUAUCAACCACCGAAACACGUGGACCGUGGGAGACUCCAUGUAUCUCAAUGACUUGUAUGUGGACGACAAGGUGCGAAACGGAGGUGUGGGCCGCAAGCUGAUUGAGUUUGUGUACGGUGAGGCCGACAAGCUGGGCUGUGAGAAGACCUACUGGCACACCCAGCACUUUAACCACCGGGCCCAGCUGCUUUACACCAAGAUCGGUGAGAAGGACGACUUUGUCAAGUACGUGCGGCCUGUCAAGGAAUGA